AUGGCGGCCGCCGAGCCCCCGGCGGGGCCGGGCGGAGGGGAGCCCGGGGGUCGACAGUGGACGCUGGUGGUCGACCCCUUGGGCGGGCUGCGCGCGCGCCUCCCCUGCCGCGUGACCGCGCGGCCCCUCGACCCCCUUGGGCCGCCCGGGGGGGCGACCGCCUGCUGCUGCCCCUGCUGGGGGACCGGAAGCGGAAAUGAGAUGGCAUCUAGGAAUCGAAGUUGCGAUCUUCCAUUGCACAUAGACAUGCUUUCACGACACAUUUUGAGGAGAGCACCCAUCCCUGGAAAAUUAGGGAACAUCUCUCUGUGCAAGGCGGACCUGUUUGGGUAUCGGAGUCAGAGAAUACACGUGCGAACAAAAGGAGGCAAUGUCACCUGUCUAGGAACAAUCCAUGGAAAUACAGAAAUUUUCGCAGCUGAAAAAAGUCUCGUGUCUGUGGACAAGAUGCAAGGGAGUUCUGUAAACAUAUCAACUGAAGAUGGUCUGCUGAAGCUCAGAUACCUCUAUACCGACUCCUCACUCUUGUCUUCAGUCUCCGGGAACAUCACAUUGGGCAGCAUUCAUGGUGAUAUCACUCUACAAAGCAAAACAGGCAACAUCACAGUAGAUUCAUCAUCUGGCUGUCUGAGAGCCUCCACGUAUCAGGGUGCCAUAGACGUGUAUGUCAGCCAAGUGGGGAAAGUAGACUUGAAAUCCCAGAAAGGUAGCAUCAUCCUCAAGGUGCCAUCCUCUCUGCAGGCUGGCAUCUGCCUGUCAGGAAGCAAGGUGGACUUGAAGCCAGAAAUCCAACUGCAAGAAAUGUCUCAGGUCUUCAGAGAUGACGGGGUAGUGAUCACUGAUAAAGACGGAAGACAUUCACCGCAGUAUGUGACAAACUGCUGUGACAAGUAUUCCUGUUAAGGCCAGCCAAGAGAACAACAUAACUUCAAGAUAGAAUCAUCUGUGGACUUGGUGGAUAUGUGAAAGUUUUCACCAAAGUAAGCCUGGCAAAUGGAAGCCCAAAACCUCACUCCGGCAAUGUACAUGUAAUUAUAUGAUGUAUAAAGGAUAGAAGACA